AUGCGGUGUUCACAGAAUGAAAAUUUUGGUUAUUUGGACUUUUUGGGAAUGGCAAUAGAUAUGAAUGAAACAAAGGACAAAAUAUUUGAAUCGUUUUCUUCUUCCGACUCAAAUAAAAAGUUCAAGUACUUUCUCAAUGUACGAAUUUAUUUGGAGAACUUUAAGAACUUCUUUGAAAACAUCAAAGAGACUUUUACCGAUUUUAAUUUGUGUUAUUAUUGUGAACUCCAGUCGACUGAGUUAAUCAAACUUGCUCUUAAAAUGGAUGAAGGAGACAAGACCAAACAGAAAGAAUUUGCAACGAUAUUGGAGUGUCUCAAUUCUUCUCUUUUUCUAACGUUUGCAAUCCUUUUUCAACAAGUUCCUUCACUCUUUGACACCGUCGUGGGAUUUUCAUUAUGUUAUGUCAACUUUUUAUCAUCACGGUUUAACACAGAUAAAAAUGCAGGGGAAAUUUUUAUACUUGAUUAUUAUGGAACUACCUUCCAAAUCAAUUUUAUAAGUAAUUUGUUGGAUUUAAGUUGUGAUGAUAAACAAUUCAGUGUUUUAUUUGACAAGUCACAUGAAAUCACUCGCGCAAAGGAGUUAACAAGUUCUCUUACUAAUUUGGACGAAAUAGUAAAAAUACUGACUGAUGUGAAAGAAGUUGUAUUUGAAAAGUGUGUAAUAUUUACUAAACCUAAAGAUAAUUGGAUGACACAAAAACUUUUUAAACUCUCGUCCUUUAUUAAAACUGCUAAAGUUCUCACAACUUUUUCUAAAAAGGUGAUUAUAAAGAACUACGACGAAAAAGAAGUUAAAGAAUGGUAUAAUUACACAAUCAAUAUUUUCAAGUUGUUCCUCCACUUCUUUACUAACACUUCUUUUUAUCUUCCCGAAUAUCGCAAUUACUUUAACAUGUCUGUAUUAAUUACUCGGCUUCAAAAUGAAUGGAACUUACAUAAACGAGACUUAAGAGACUUGAACGAUAUUAUUUAUCAAAUCACUUUUGUUGUAUUUAAUAAUGUAGAGUUCUCAGACUUGUUUUUUGAAAUUAUAGUUUUUAUGAGGUAUGGACAAAAGACUUCAGAACACUAUAAAGAGAUGUUUAGUUUGAUUGAAGACUAUUACACCCUAUUACUCAAUGUUUUCAAUUCAAAAGAAGACACCACAACAAUUCUAUUAAAAUUGAUACAUUCCGUCGUCGUAUCUAAUAAUUUUGGGAACGAUAAUGAUAAGAUGGAAACAAUUCUUAUGAUCAUGGCAAAGACUCACUCCAAAACGUACUUUUUUAUUUCUCUUCUGGACAAGUUAAAGGAAACUUCUUACAAAAUAUCAACACGAAUCUUUCAUGAUAAAAACGUUGAUGAAACAAUGUUUAUCACAGUAAAGACACUCUCCCUCUUUUCCGAGUCUUUGUCUUGUGUUGAUCCAUUCGUCUUUAUUAUUUCCACGUUCAUUUCAAACACAUACAAAUCAUUGAAUUGGUAUUAUAUGCUCAUAGACCCUAUCAAUAAAAUACAAAACAUUUUAGAAUCUUAUUUAAUGUACGACAAGAGUUAUUUACCACGGGUACUCCUCCGUUUGGUAAAGACUGUGGUGCUUUGUAUAUUACUUAAAAUUCAGAACAAAAAUCAGUUUGUCUUUAAGUUCAAAAUGUACAUCUUUUACUCGUUAAACGAGAUCAAAAAGCUCAUUAACUUUACUGGAGAAGCAUUUAAAGAGAUCACGUUAUUUCGAAAAUUGCUUUCAGUCUUUGAAGGAGAAAUACUCAAAGUCUUUGAGAAGUAUGACCCAUUUAUGUGGAAAGGGAAGGUAAUGAACCAUUUCAUCAAUUUCAUUCACGAUUUCGCCGUAGUAACAAGUUGGGCUGACUUAAUGAAUUAUGGGAUGAACAACUUCUGUUAUGACAUCAUAAUUUUGUUUCACUCAAAAGACGAAAAUGCCUUGAAAUUUGAGACGGUUGUAUCUUUGUUGUAUAAAGCUGCUUAUUAUAAUGCAAUGCUCAAGUUGCUAGUUAAAUGUUCCAAAUGUGAGGCUAAAUUGUCAAAAUCUCCCAAACAAAUGUUUGAACAGUAUUUGGAUAAAUUUAACAAUGUCAAUUCAUUAGAAUCGUUAACAUCAAUGACAGAGGCGUUUGUUAAUAAUUUCAACUUUGAAAAGACUAUUAUCUUUAGUCAAGAAGACUUAACUUGUGAAACGGAACACCACAAGUUAUUUGAAAAUAUCAGUAAAUGUGUCUUUCAAAGUUCAAAUGAGAAUAACAGUGAAAUAAUCAAAGAGGUGAAACUUUUCUUUUUUCAUUCAACAGAACCGAAGUAUUAUCAACGAAGGACACUACUUAGUUCUGCCAUUGAAGUCCAGCGAUUUCAUGAAAGAGCUGAAGAUCUCUUCUUGAAUAUGACAACCUCUCAACGGAUACGGACGUCUGGACAACAUGAGUUUGUCACAUCAAUCAACUCGAAGUUAUCUGCUUGUUAUUUUGAUAUAAUAUCUAUAAUGCAGCAAUAUACACAUGGUGAGUAUUGUGUGUCAUUAUUUAGUCCUUCUGCAAUCAAAUUAGCGUUGAAAGUACGGAGUUUAGUGUCUAAAAUAAUCAGCCUGUUCAUCACAACACGCUUUGUGUCAAUUACAAAAUACAAAGAUAUGGAAGGGAUAAUCAAAUUCGUGAAAUUUUACAACAACUUGAAGGAGAUGGGGAGUCAUUUGAAGAACAUUAUUUUCUCAAUGAAGAGUGCGGUGUAUACUUAUUUAUCAAGACAAACAGAUGAACUCUCAUUUUUACUUGAAAAAUUGGUUAGAAUUGUGAGAGACUUCCACUCUAAAAAUCUGAUCCAUGUGAAGUUCCAUACGUCUGUUGGUAUCAACUACUUUCUUUUUAAUCACGCAUGCAAAGACUCUAUCGCAUUUUAUGCAAACUUGUGCAAAUUAAGUUCGACAUUCCACGCACUUUGUGUUUCAAACAAUUCCAACGUCAAAGCGGUCAUUCAAAUGAAAGAAAAGGGAAUUGAAUUUCUUGAAAAAUUAGGAUUUGAUCCGAUACUAGUAGAACGGGUGGGUGAGUUGUCAAUAGAAGACUAUAAAAAACUCGACCAAUUAAUUGGAGAACGGGUCGAUUUUCUUGUAUUUGAGAUCAAGCCAUCAUUUUAUUUUAUGAUCAGAUUUCAUAUGAAGACUAUAGACUCGGUUAAUAGACUUUUUGUUGUAUUCAAACACAACAAAAUAGACAACCAACUCUGCUCCGUCAACGUCAAAAAAUUGCAAAAAUACUUGACCUAUUUAGUAGAAUUGUCCGACGCACUUUUAUUCAGUUUACAAGUAGAAGACCGGAAUGAGGCUCUUUCAAAGAUGAUCAACGAAAAGUUUACAAAGCGGUUUGAACAACUAAAUGUGUGGAUAAGUCACCAUGACAAUUCUGAUAACGUGAAAGAGUUUAUCUCAAUCAUGGGAACCUUUGAAAUGGAUGUUUUAACGUUGUUCAAAAUCAUUAGUUUUGUGUAUUUCCUCCACCCCUGGCUGAUUGAUGAACUUACAGAUUUUCUUGUAAGCAUAGCAAAUGGAAUUGGAAUUGAUCAACAACGAUACACCAAUGUCGAGUUUUUAUUACGAAGUUUCCAACCGGGGAGUGUCUAUAAGAACAAAGUGAUGUCAAAAUGUUUUAAAAGUAUUCGCACUUUUUUCCAAGAAGAAGAACAUUCUCUCAAACAAAUCCCAUAUAUCCACACUCUUAUUGAAGAAAUAGAACAAGUGAUGGUAACACGAAAAGAAAUUGUUGAGACGAUACAUUCUUUAAAUCUGACUUUAUUGUUCAAAAAUGUAUCUCUAAUGAAAGAACAAAUUGAGUUGUGUUGCUACUUAAGCGCAUUACUUACAUUCUUUGUUGAUUAUGAAUACACCAAUCCAGCGUUCCGAAGUGGAUGUGGACUUUGUUUUAAUGUUGGUUUAUUUGAAGAGACUUUGAUUGAGUGUGAAAAGAAAUUAAAGAAUGGAAAGAGUUGUGUGAACGCGCUCGACAGAGUGAGACAUUUAUAUGUCAUGGAAUUUUCAAAUAUCUCCAUGAAACUGUCUUUACAACAAUUGUGUUUCAUAUCACAAUGUGUUGAAAAUUUUGAUGUUCUCAAUUUUAUUUAUUUGGAAAAUUACGUGAAAACAUUUACACGUCUUGUGGAGUACAUUUUGAAGUUUGACAAAUAUACUUCUAUUUUGAACAUCCACGAAGUUGAAAUCGUUGAAAACAUGCUUAUAAAUGUUUCCAGUAAAUUCUCAUUAACACAAAUUCAGAAUGAUACAUCAUAUUUGGAAACCCUUCACAACGCUUUGAAAGAAACAUUCAUAGUUCUUGAUACGGCUCAUGCAAGAAAAAAAGACAACACAAUAUUUGAUAUUCAAAAAAUUUUCAAGAACAAAUUCUAUUUAUACACCUCCUUUGAAGACACACUCUGCUAUAAAAUGAUCCAUUCGUAUGAAAUUGAAAAAGAGACUCUUGACAUCUUUAACACCAUCGCAUCAGAAAUUUAUGAGACCCACAAACCAACAGAAAUUUCGCUUCAAAAGGAAACGUUAGUUGACAUCAACUCUAUCGUCAAAUUCAAAUUAUUUUCUCAUCAACUGUACCUUUUCUACGAGUACAAAGCAGUACCCGAAACAACUUUUAUCUAUUUAAACAAAGCAAUAUUUGUGUUUAUUGAACAAUUAAAUAGUGUGAUAGCUACGGGAAAUUAUGACAACAUUCACAAACGACUUAAAGAGACAAAUAAAGCACUUCGACUUUUAAUUAUUGGAAACAAAAUUCAGUUCAUCUUUUAUAUGCGACAGACGGCAACUUUGUUUGUGUUAGAAGAGGUAUCCGAUGCAUUCAAAGAAAUUUGGGAAGUCAUCAAAUAUCGAAAAUGUAAUUAUUUGGAAGAUUUAUUCUCGUUUGGUCGACGCUUCGACUACAUUCAGUUAUUAUCCAUCUUGUCGAUAUAUGGCAUUAUAACACUCUACAAGUUUUGUUAUUGUUCACUUAAGAAAAUGACGAUAGCCAAAAACAACUUAAAGUGGAUACCAUUCGUCUCUGUGAUGCAAUUUCUUUCACACUUUCAAAGUAUUACACAGAUAGAAGUGGACAUUCUUACCAAGGAAAAUUUUAUGUAUCGACUACGCAUUUCUACUCAAAUCACACUACCCAACUUUUUUGUUGGUGAUGGGAUGUCGUCGAGGGUGUUAAAGCCCGUGUGUUGGAAGGACUUGAAUGUUUUCACUGACCCCACUGCAAUUUAA